AGGCCAAGGACUCCACUCGCAGCCCAGCCUAGAGCUCAGCCUGAAGUGCUCCAAUCGCUUUAGCAACUGGGUCCCGGGGAAUAGACCAACUCUUUCCUUGACGUUCUGUUUGCCUUACUCCUUCCCUCCCUCUCCUCUCGCUCUCAGACAGUGCGCACUCAACAAGGUCCUCUGCGGAUCCUGCCCUUCACUGUGGAGCCAUAGUCCCCGGGGACAGCUCAACAGCCUGCCAUCCUCAUUACAGCAAGUGGCAGCCACGGUGAAGGUUGUGUUUUCUGGGCUCGGGAAUCCUCCCGCUGUCUUCUUCCUAGACUGGCUGUCUGACUGGCGGUGCUGAGUCUCUGGCCUGGGCCGGACGCCUGAGUUUUUUGGGAAGGAGAUCAGACAGCCCUUCUCAGAGCUUCUCGCGGCUGGCUGCAGGAACCCUUAGCACCCUAGUCCUUUUCUUAGAGCCGGCUUUAGGGAGGAGGCCACCGAACCAGGAGCCCCGGUGAGCCCUGAGCCCCUACUUAAGCCCCAAGCCCUGUGGACGCCUGGCUGAAGUUCGAGUGAGUGAGCCCGAAGCCUGGAGACGCGGCUAACAUUUUCCCGGGUUAUUCCCUGAGCGCCACAGGAACAGCCUCUCUUUCCGCCAUACAUCCCUCGCACCGGACCAGGACACAAGAGGGAGCGAGAAAAAGGACUCGGGGGGGAGACCGCGGCUGGCCUCCCUGAAGCCCCGCCGGGACAUGAUCUUCUGCAUCCAAGGACCCCGUCCUUUACUGGAAGAAGAGAGGCUUGGUGGGUUGACGGUACCUGGGCUAGCUGAAUUACCAGAGCCAGUCAUGCAACCCCUGUCUGUGACCUCCUUCCAAGAGGAGGAGGAGGCUCCAGCCCUAAUGGAGAAUGAAUUGCAUCAAGUUCGUGACCCCGAGGAAGACUUGUUGUGCAUUGCCAAGACGUUCACCUACCUGCGGGAAUCUGGUUGGUACUGGGGAUCUCUCACAGCAGGCGAGGCCAAGCAGCACCUUCAGAAGAUGCCUGAGGGUACCUUCUUGGUACGGGACAGCACCCACCCCAGCUAUCUGUUCACACUCUCCGUCAAGACCAACAGGGGCCCCACCAACGUUCGCAUAGAGUAUGCUGACAGCAAGUUCCGGCUGGAUUCAAACUGUCUGUCCAAGCCACGGAUUUUGGCCUUCCCGGAUGUGGUCAGCCUCAUCCAGCAUUAUGUCACCUCUUGCACAACUGACGGCAAGAACGACACCCCCUACCCUCCCCCUGCCUCGCUCCUGCCCAGCCACAAGGACACGGUUCCCACCACGGCAGCAGUGGCUGCUGUCCACCUAAAACUCAUCCAGCCCUUUGUCCGGAAGAGCAGCGCCCCAAGCCUACAGCAUUUGUGCCGGCUCGCCAUCAACAGGCUCACUGCUGAGGUUGACCAACUGCCCCUGCCUAAGCGGAUAGGGGACUAUCUCAGGCAAUACCCUUUCCAGCUCUGAGACAGAGCUUGGUGUUCUUCUAUCUUGGCAGACCUGGGAAGACCAGGAGGCCACCUCAUCAUUUGUCCUUUUACAGAAACCCUAUCCAACAAGACACGGACCUCACAAUUCCAACAGGUGUGGAUUAUGGUAACUACCUUUUGGGGAUUGGGAAUGCCCCUUUCCCUCUCCUCCCCUAAUUUCUGCCCAUCGCUGGGGAGCAAGGUGCUUGGUCUGUGUCUGCAGACCUGGGGACCCAAGACCAGGAUGAGAGUCAUUAUGCCUGAAUUUCCUGGGGGCCAGACCAUGGCCAUAGGACUAGACUCCUGCCUCUAUUUAUUUUCCUGGCCACAUCAGGGAGAUGUUAGGGAGUGGAGUCAUAUUCCUCUUCUGCUGUGCCAGGAUGUGGGACCAUCCCAAACUCAGACUAGGAUUCCCCUCUGACUUAAUUACAUAUGUGCCAACUACCUGAACCAUAUGGUCUUGGCUCCUUCUCUGCCUUGGGCAACAGGCCAGAACAGAGAAGCUCACCACUUAUGCUCAGCCUUCUCCAAAGACAGGCAGUCAAGCCUGCUUACCACACACCACCCACCCCCAGAGAACAUUACCGGACUGGCCAAGCUUGCCAACAAACGUUUCUCAUCAGGAAAGAGGCAGCAGAAAUUCUCUUUUGUUCCCUUGCCAUCUAUCCUUCUCCUUCCAUGGAAAUUGCCAGUCCUGGUAUCCCGUGGCUUUCAUACCCAUCAGUAAAGUCUGGGAAAGAGGGAAGAAUGGGAGGCCACAGGAGAGAAGUGGAGGGG